GCCUAGCCCAGCCCGCAGCGGCGGUGGCCGGGUGUGCGGGCGGCGGUACUCGUAGCGGACUCCUGAGCGCCAUCCGCCGCUGCCGAGUUUGUCACCCUGGCCCGGUGCCUUUGCCCGGCGCUGCCAACCCUCGCCCGCCGCUAUGGCCCUGGUGCGGGACGCCGAGCCGGCCUCGGGGCCCUCCCGCUGGCUGCCCACGCACGUCCAAGUGACAGUGCUUCGAGCCCGAGGACUGCGGGGCAAGAGCUCGGGCGUCGGCAGCACCAGUGACGCCUACACCGUGAUCCAGGUGGGCCGCGAGAAGUACAGCACGUCGGUGGUGGAGAAGACGCAGGGCUGCCCCGAGUGGCGCGAGGAGUGCUCCUUCGAGCUGCCUCCCGGCGCCCUGGAUGGCCUGCUGCGGGCGCAGGAGGCCGACGCGGGCCCGGUGCCCUGGGCUGCGGGCUCAGCCGCCGCCUGCCAGCUGGUGCUCACCACUAUGCACCGCUCUCUCAUCGGCGUCGACAAGUUUCUGGGCCAGGCCACCGUGCCGCUGGACGAGGUCUUCGGCGCAGGCCGUGCCCAGCACACACAAUGGUACAAGCUGCACUCCAAGACAGGCAAAAAGGAGAAGGAACGCGGAGAGAUCCAAGUCACCAUCCAGUUCACACGCAACAACUUGAGCGCCAGCAUGUUUGACCUGUCCAUAAAGGACAAGCCACGGUCUCCCUUCAGCAAGCUGAAGGAUAAAAUGAAGGGCAAGAAGAAGUUUGACCUGGAAUCUGCCUCUGCCAUCCUCCCAAGCAGUGCUCUAGAGGAUCCCGAGCUGGGCAGCCUGGGCAAGAUGGGCAAAGCCAAAGGCUUCUUCCUCCGCAACAAACUGCGCAAGUCAUCUCUGACUCAGUCCAACACCUCGCUGGGCUCGGACAGCACCUUGUCAUCGGCCAGUGGGAGCCUGGCCUACCAGGGCCCUGGCGCUGAGCUCCUUACCCGUUCGCCGAGCCGCAGCAGCUGGUUGUCCAGUGAAGGGGGCAGGGAUUCUACACAGUCCCCCAAGUUGCUCACCCAUAAGAGGACCUAUAGCGAUGAGGCCAGCCAGUUGCGUGUGGCCCCUCCCCGGGCCCUUCUUGACCUCCAGGGCCACCUCGAUGCUGCGCCUCGCUCCUCUCUCUGUGUCAAUGGGAGCCACAUUUACAAUGAAGAGCCCCAACCUCCUGUGCGGCACCGUAGCUCCAUUUCAGGCCCAUUUCCCCCCUCCAGCUCCCUUCACAUCGUCUCCUCCCGGCCCUCUGAGGAGGGGUCUCGGUCCUCGGAUGACUCAUGGGGCAGAGGCAGCCGAGGUGGUGCUGCCAGCUCAUUGGAAGUGGCGCCUGCGCAGGAGGAGCUGAGUGCUCAGGCCAAAGCACCCUCUGGGGAGGAGCGGGCCCAGCCCCCCGAGGGGAGGCCUGUCCAGGUUGCCACGCCCAUACUGGCCUCUGAGGCUGUGGUAGAGAAGGAGGGAGCUCGGAAGGAGGAGCGUAAGCCCCGGAUGGGCCUCUUUCACCACCAUCACCAGGGCAUAAGUCGGAGCGAGUUGGGGCGCCGUGGCUCUGUGGGGGAGAAGGGUGGUCCCACACUAGGAGCCUCCCCGCAACAUUUGUCCAGUGGGGAGGAAAAGCCCAAGAGUAGCUGGUUUGGCCUGAGAGAACCCAAGGAGUCAACCCAGAAACCCAGCCUGGACGUGUCUCCUCAGGUAGAAUCUGGCCCAGCUGCUGCUCCUCACCACCUCCCCUGCUCCCCCUGGGCUCCGGCCCCCCCCAUUCCUGUUCCCACUGCUGCUCCCAUGCUAAGCACUAACCUUUUUGCAGCCACCUCCCCUGCUGCUGCCACUGCUGCCGCCGCUGCCACCACCACCACCACCACCACCACCACCCCCGAAGCCACCCUGUCUGGAUUCUUGGGUGCCACCAACCCGUUCCUCACCUCUUUGCAGAGCAACCCCUUCUUCGAGGAGCUCGUAGCCAACAUAGCACUAAACUCUCCUUCACCUGCUCCCUCUCUCCCCAGUGCCUCGAGGGUCAGCCCUGUCCCCCUGGCCUCCUCUGGGAGAGCCCUGCCUGAGUGGGACGACACCUUCAACAUCUUUGCUGCUAGCAGACUGCAUCCAGAGGCCAGGAACAAGAUCCUAGCCCCAGCAGGAGUGGGGCUGGAGACGGCUGGGCUGCAAGAUUCAGGCCCAGGGGCCAUGGCAGUGAAUGCAGCUGAGCCCCAAGGAGAUCCUGGGGGAGGAGGCGGUGAGAGCAGCGUGUGGGCAGAGCCUGGGGCUCCACUGGACUUGGGACUGGACCGGCAGAGCACAAGUACAUCUGACCCCGGGCCCCUUGGGUCAGCAAGGGCCACUCUGCCCCCUGAGCUAUACCUUCGAGCCUCAGCCUCAGCACCAGACAGGGAGCCACUGGCCCCUGAAGGUGGAGCAGGGCAGAGUCCAGCAGAUAGUGGAAAGUCUCUGUUCAGCUCCCCAGAAGUGCUUGGUGCAUGGGAGCAGCUGCCAGGUUUGGAUGACACCCCUGAAGGCCAGGACGCGGACACUCCCCAAAGGGAAAGCCAGUUUUUCCAUGAGCUCAGUACAGCAGAGGAUUCCUGGCCCUGGGAUGUGGUCACCAUUUCUCCUGCAGCUGAGAUGGCCUCACCAGUCCUGCGAGGAGAAUCUGAUGAGCUGCCUGCUCUCCAGCUGCUGCCAGAACCACCUGCCACUGUGACUCCCAUGCUGAGCGAGGGCCUUCCCCUGAUGGAGCUGGACACGGAGCUUCCACCUGAGUCGGACGAGGGGCUGCAGCCCAGCACGCCGCCGCCCAAGCCACCACGCCUCUUCAUGCCCUCAAACUCUCAGGUGGAGGAUGAAGAAGAGAAGGCUGCAGGAGGGCCGAGUAACCAGGAAUCAGGGACAGAAGAAGAAGCCACCCCAAGUACUUUGUUUGUUGGUCCUCAGGAAGCCAUGGAGGAGAGUGAGAAGCCUGAGUCAGGGGAGUUGGACAGCCCAUCUUCUGGGACCUUGCUGGGUGAGCCAGGCCUGGAGGAGAUAGUAGAAGAUGUCAGUGCCCCUGGGCCUGGGGCCUGCCUGACUGUGCCCACCAGUUGCCCUGAGGGGCCUGUGCCUGUACCUGUACCCUGUUAUUCAGCAAGCUCAGCUCUUCUAAGUCUGCAGACCUGGGGGGCUCCAGAGACAGAAGGUCCUGAGGCCUUGAGCCAGGAGCCAGCAGAAGAGUCCCUUGCUCCUCUAUCAGAUACACCCCACGAGGCUGAUCUGGGGGCCUUGGAGGAGGCCUUGAGCCCCUUGUCUCAGGGGAGCCGAGAUCCCCCUAGUCUUCCGUCCACAUCCCCACCAGUGUCCAGAGAGUCUUCCAUCCACUCUGGUCCAGAAGAGCCACCCACGCCCCCAGAGCCUAUCUUUCCACCACCCCCUCUCCCGCCCUGGGCCAGCCACCGCCAUGGGGGACCUGGCCCUCCAUGCUCUCCCUUGUCUGGAGCCUGGCCCCUGACUUCUUCCUCCCCACCUCUGGGGGAGCCAGACUCACCCCCUGGCUCCUUUGAGCCCUCCCCCCCUGAAGGCCCCCCUGUCCCACUCGGGGAAGACCACGUUGCAGCCACCCCAGCCUCCCCGCUUGUGCUUCUGCCCUUGGAGACACGACCAGCUGAAGAGCCACAGCCCAGUGCCAGUCCCCACCCUGUGAAGCCUCUCAGUGCAACCCCUGUGGAGGGCAGCCCCGACAGGAAGCAGCCCCGCUCGAGCCUGAGCACGGCCCUGAGCAGUGGGCUGGAGAAGCUCAAAACAGUCACAUCUGGCAGCAGUCAGCUUGUGGCCCCGGCGCUCCAGCUUGGCCACACUGUGGAUGCCAAGAAGCUGAAGGACUCUGCUGCGCCAGACCAGUCAGCCAAGUACUACCACCUGACUCAUGAUGAGCUCAUUGGCCUGCUCCUGCAGCGAGAGCGAGAGCUGAGCCAGCGGGACGAGCACGUGCAGGAGCUAGAGAGCUACAUUGACCGGCUGCUGGUGCGGAUCAUGGAGACCUCGCCCACACUGCUGCAGAUCCCGCCUGGUCCCCCCAAGUAGCCGUCCCACUUCCACCCUCAUCCCCAGAGGGUUGAUGAGAACUUGCUGCCCAGUCAGCGCCCAUGUGCCCACCUGCCCUCCUUUCCACCAAAUACACUCACCUGGGCAGGAUACAGCUGUCCUUGUGGUCACUCCCUGCUCCCCUGCACUUGCCUCUCUGAAGGGGGACCCUGGGGCCCCACUGGAGGCAUAAAGUUCCAUGUACAACUUGUGUGUCUGUGGGGGUCCUAGGGCUUUGCCACCUGCCUCUUUUCAUACCCCUUAGCUUCAGGGCUCUGCAGAAUCGAACAAGUCUGAAAGAGGCUAUUGCUAGCACAGACUUUAUUACCCCCCAAGGAUGGUCUGCUGUUCCUUCCCACCACAAUCCCUUAUCCUCAUUUUCCUCCAGGCUCUGGAGGGGAUCUAGUAUUACAGGGACAGGGAUAGGGAUGGGGACAGGGACCGGGACCAAUCUGAUCAUUUGUCCAAGUUGUGGGCCACCUGGGUGCCUACUCUUCAGCUUUGCCCUCUUUCCUGAGAGCAGGGGCCUCUGUGUCCCUGUCUAGUCUUUGCCAUGUUCCAAGUUUUUUUUGCACUUUGAGCUGUUGCAGAGCGAGUGCCGCGUGGAAGGAUGUGGUGAUGUCUGUUGUCCAGGCUGCCCCCUGCCUCUCUUUGGACCUUUCCACUGGGUGUCACUGCUGAGUGUGAAGGUAGAGCUGGGUCCAGAGAGAGCUCCUCCUCGCUCUUCUGUUCUCCAUUCAUCUCUGAUGUACAGGCCCCACCACGUCAGGGGUGUAGGCUGCUUAUGUUUUGGGGAUCAAGCCUCCAUGUCUGUUCCUGUUUCCUGUCCAGAUGCCAAAACUCUGUGCUGCAGGGUUUGAACUUUUGGAAACCAAUGAAAAUGUGCCUUUCGUGAGUGGGGUUAAGCGCCUCUUGAUGUGGAUAUCUCCCCUGCUGUGACAUCCCCCUUCUUCCUGCUUGAGCACACCUGGAUGGCUCUGUCAGGGUCCUGGGAAGGGGAAUGGAGGUUGAACAGUCCUGCUGUGUGUUCUUCUCCUUCCUGCGAAUCUCAGCUAAGGGUCUGGCCAAGCUGCUGCUACUAGCCCUCCUGCUGUCUUCCAUUCCUAUUCCACCCCAUUUGGAGGAUCCUAGGAUAAAAACCCCUGGUGAGUUAUAGAUCUGAGGCCAGUCCUGGCCUGGCCUCAGCACAACCAUGCUGAACAGUUGGCUAUUCUGGAAGUGGGGGCCGCACUAUGCCUUAGGAGACACCUAUACUCCUUUGUUGCUCCCCCACCCAUCCACUAAGCUGCUAUCCCAGGCUGUCCCUUUUGCCUUGCCUGGCUUGGCUGCAGCGCAUUUUGAAAUGAAGUAUCUGAUCUUUGGCCUAGCCCCUGGUUUGCUUGUGGAAAACAUGGCAGGUUUUCCCCAUGACAUCUUUUGCUACAUUGGGCACCCUCAUUAGCAAAAAUUGAGGAGUGUGGGCAUACCAAAGGAGCAUACUUUUAGCCUCCUGAAGGGACAAGAACUCCUCUGGGGCUGUCUCCUGUCAGCCUGCACAGAGGGCCUCGGGAUGUGUCCUGUGGGUGAUGGCAGUCUUCUGCCAGGAUGGAGCAGGUGGGUUCUGCACCUGGGAGAAAGCCUCUGAAGAGUUGCCUACCUUCAGGUUCACUCACCACAACUGAGAAAUAUAUCCACAUGUGCCCAGAUCUUCAGCCACACUUUUGAAGGGUCACUGAAGAAUGGAGAAGAUUUUCCUGAGGGAAAGGCCAUUCCCCUACUAGGUAUUUCUCGGCUCUCUUCGAUUCCAGACCCAGACCUGGGUAGGUGUAUCUUCAGAAGAGGUUUUGAAUUGAAUGCAGCAAAGGGUUCAUGUUUUUGCUCCUAACCACAAGCUACAGGGUCGGGUGGUGGUGGUGGGCAGGUAGCAGGCACAGUUCUGCUUUGCUGUUUGUCUCCCUAGAUGUACCUCCUGUUUAUAAAGAGCUUGUUCUUCAUGUUUUGAGCACUUUAUGAAGAAUAAAAAGUUCACGUACUGCAGGUGGCCUGUUGC